GUAGCAGCUUAUGGUCAAACCUGUUCACCGAUACUACGUGCAAAUGGCUACCUCGGUCACGUUUUCGCUUUCAACGCGUUUAGUACAGAGACAUUUGUCAUUAAGGUGCAGAGUCGACCAAAUAAGAUGGAGAACACGACAGCAUAAUCUUCCUAUUCGUAAACGUAAACGCAUGACAUAUCUUAAAAGACCUGGUAUACCGCCAGAGAUAGCGCCAACUCUAGAGAUGCGGUUGGCCGACUUCCAUAAAAGUGCACUACCAGUGGAAGAGAUAGACAUUGGUUUGCCAGAUACCACUGGUCCUGUGAAGCAUAGGCCAUCCAAUAAGGAAUAUGUUGAAUGGACAAAGAACAAAAGACAGUAUGAAGAUGAAGCCAGACUUAGAACAUUGGAGAUACCACUAUCAGAGGUCCAGAGUGAAUGGGAAAAAAUAAGUGGUCCAGACUUCUCUGUUACCAUGGCAAGGCAUUACAAUAUAUUCAAAGAUUUGUUUGGCCCAGUUUAUUUCACCCCGAGAGUUCCCCUGGACAUUUUCUAUGAGCUGGAUUCAGAAGAUGUGGCACCUGUUUACUGUGGCAACAGGAUAGCAGCCUCAGAGUCUGGCCAGGCCCCCGUGGUCCAGUUUGAUGCCCCUGAGGACACACUGUGGACCCUGGUGAUGACCAGUCCUGACGGUCACUUGCAGGACAACACUGCUGAGUGUCUCCAUUGGUUUGUAGGUAAUAUUCCUGGAGAACAAGUAGAUAAAGGGGAGUCCAUAUGUGAUUACCUUCCCCCCUUUCCUCCCAAUGGUACAGGGUACUUGCGCUAUGUUUUUAUUCUCUAUAAACAAGACAAACUUAUGGACUACAGCUUGGAGAAGAGACCACAGAACUGCCGCAGUCUCAAGGAGAGAACAUUUAGCACAUUCAAGUUUUAUCAGCGCCAUGAGGAUUACAUGACACCUGCAGCCUUCCUGUUCUUCCAGUGCUGCUAUGAUAGCAGUGUGAGAGACGUGUAUCAUCAUAUACUGAACAUGAAGGAGCCAUCCUAUGAGUACGACUAUCCCCCUGCCUACCGCCCAAAGCAAGUCAAGUAUCCACACAGAGAACCAUUUAAUUUCUACCUGGACAAGUACAGGGAUAUAAAGGACAUUAAUGAACAGGUUUUAGUAGAAAAACUCAAAGUCAUAUCACCAUUUGAGCAGUACAAACCUAAGAAAUACCCUUUCAUGUACCCAUACAAAAGCAAGCAGUCUUGGCAGCGGCUGGAAGCACAGAACAAGGUUCUACACAAGGGAAAAUGGAAGGACUUUGCAUGAUUUUUAUUUCAAAAUUAAAGGAAAACAUGAUCUUACAAAGAUAUCAUUCAUAAGGAGGGAGUAAGCAGAUCAGUGAAAAACUACUAGAGAAGCAGGGAUGCCAAUUUUACAUUCUGCAAUUCUUGUGUUUGUCUACAUAAAAACUGCUCAGUCAUGAAAAAUUAAUAUCAUACUUAAAUUUCAAAUAAACAUCAUGAGAAGUUGAA